GAGAAAGCACCCGGACCUAUCAUUGCCCCUCCUGAACCCCCUACCUCUGCGCCCGUGAGCGCUCCGGCAAAUGGAAACGCUCGUCCGGCUCGUAUUGUUCCUACUAAAAUACUUGUAAGAAGGGAGCAAAAAGGUGAACAAGUGCAGUUGGAUGCAAAGAAGCAGGAUAUACAAUUUUUCAUGAAGCGGUUCCCAAAAGCUGUCCAUACGCAAGCGGAAAAUGGUGACACAAUAAUCUUUAACUAUAAAAUAACUGAUCCGGACUGGGUUUUUGAUGUGCGGACCAUAAAAUUUGGAAUUAAACUCGAAGCUAAUUAUCCUAUAGAUAUGCCUGUUAUCAUGGUUCCCAAAGAAAAUAUAGCUUUGCCAGAUAUUCUGAAAUCGCAUCUGGAAGCUGGUUGUAAUGAGGCUUUGAAGACAAAUUACGCGAACUUCGAGUCGAAAAACGCCUUUGAACCGAUUGGGAAGAUAUUCGUACGAUGGCUUGACCGAAAUAUUUUCGAUCUUUUCGUAGCAGGUCUCAAGAAGACUAAGCUUGUACAAGAGGCUGAGGCAGCUGGCAUCCGACUGGUUGUGCCAAAUCCUGAAGCUGAGCAACCUCAGAAAGAGGAGGAGGAGGAGGCUCCUGCUGCAAACCUCCCAGAUGACCCUGAUAAGACGGCGUCCGAAGUUGAUGAUCUUGCUAAUUUACAUCUUUACGACAAAGAACCUAAUCAGGGUGACAACGUAGACCAGAACAGCACUACAGCUGCUCAGCAGAGCACUCCAGAAAUCGAAGUAGCAUUGGUAUGGAGAGACUCCAGCCACUAUAUCGCACAAACUGCUGCAACGUAUAUUGUUAACCAUGAGCAAAUAUUUUCAGCCGAAACAUCGCCUCUAUCUCCUCAAUUUCGCUCCAUAUCUGUAGUAAAUGCAUGCGAUGUGGACAAGAACAUGAUCAUUCCGUACCAGUUGAUGACCAUUCAGUCGGAUGGCGUUGCAAACGCUGCCAACUUGCUCAGAGCCUAA